GUAAGACAUUGUUUAUGGAUAGAGUUUCGAGUGUUUCGACUUUCACAAAUGUCAUUUGAGUCAUUCAUUUCGUAAACAAAUUCUUUGACAAUCGUGUGGAAACCCUUUACUAUUCAAAACACCUUUCGUAUACAUUCUAUGGCAGGAAAAAGUCAAUGAACAUUCGUAAUUUUUAGGAUUUGUUUAAACAUAGGUGUUCGGUGGAAACAUAUUGAAUAUCGAAAUAUAAAAGGAAAAUAAUAUUAAUUAUGAAAUAUUAUUGUGUUUAAAAUUAACAACCUCAAAUUAUUUUAUCAAGAUAGAUGUUUGACCGGAGGACUUGUUGGAGGACAUGUUGAUUUGGUCACGAAUGAAACGAUAUUUGUCAAUUCGUCAGUGUAAUUGUUUAGACAGGAAUUAAACAAAAUUAGACAGUAAAAUCUGAAUAAUAUCGUGUUGUGUUACGUGUUAGCCGUAUAAUGUGUGAUUUUUAUUUACGGCGAUAAGUCGGAUAAAAGGAAACUUUUACUAAUCCUCAGUGACAAUCUUACUUGAAAUCGCGGCACCACGUUACUUCGGCGUUUUUUGAGUUAACAAAUAACCGUGAAAAAUGCCCCGGGGACGGGACGAUAUGCAAGUAAACGUGGCGGGCCUAAGGAGAAAUAUUAAAAACCUCGCGCACAACUAUUCCGAUGCCCAGGUAAAAGUGCGCGAGGCAACAUCAAACGAUCCAUGGGGCCCCUCAAGCACGCUGAUGGCGGAGAUCGCCGAUCUCACCUACAAUGUGAUGGCGUUCACGGAGAUCAUGCAGAUGAUAUGGAAGCGGCUCAACGAUCACGGCAAGAAUUGGAGGCACGUCUACAAGGCGCUGGUGCUGAUGGAGUACCUCAUAAAGACUGGCAGCGAGAAGGUCGCAAUGCAGUGCAAGGAGAAUAUAUUUGCUAUACAUACCUUAAAGGAUUUUCAGUAUAUGGAAGAGUGGAAGGAUCAGGGUCUAAACGUGCGCGAGAAAGCGAAACAGCUAGUGAAUCUUCUGAAAGACGACGAGCGGUUGAAGAACGAGCGCGCGCGAGCAUUGAAAGCGAAGCAGCGCUUCGCGCAGAGUGCCAGCGCCUUCGGCAGCGACGGCGCGCUCGACACGCCCUCCAGCCCGCAGUACCCGCCUGUUGAAAACUUAAACAGCGAAUCAGCAGAAUGGCACGGUCGCGACGCGGAGCUAGCGCGGCCGCUGACGGCCGGCGAAGAGGAAUUACAACUGCAGCUGGCUCUGGCCAUGUCCCGGGAGGAGGCGGAGAGGGAGGAGCGGCGGCGGCGCUCCGACGACGUGCGGCUGCAGCUCGCCAUCAGCCAGUCGCAGCAUGAUCUGCAGACACCAGGAGCGGAGAAAAAGCCGGAGCCAGCCCAGCAAUCCCAUUUACUGGACUUGCUGGACGUGAACCUGGGCUCGCCGCCCGCGCCGGCCGCGCCCGCCGACCCGUGGGGCAUCGCGCCGCCGCAACAGAAACAGGACACGCUGCCGGACGCGUGGGCGGGCGCGGGCAGCCCGGCGCGCGACCCCUGGGCGCCCGCCGCGCCCGCCGACCCCUGGGCGCCCGUCGCGCAGAGCAAGUCGCCGCCGUCCGUGCUGUCGUCGCCGUCGUCGGAGCUGGAGCAGUUCGACGCGCUGUCGCAGCGGCCGCGCGCCGCCAACAACCACGACGACCCCUUCGACCUCACCGCGCUAGGCGACAACCUAGCGCCCGCAGCUAGUUCGUCGCCCAGCACGGGCGCCAUAAAGAAGAGCCCGUCGGCCUUCCUCGGCGAGAACUCGUCGCUCGUGAACCUGGAGCGGCUGCUGCAGCCCGCCAGCGCCGAGCCGCCCGCGCCCAACCCCUUCGCGGCCGAGCCCGCGCGACAGAUGUUCCUGCCGCCGCAGCCGGCUAAGCUGUCCAUCAACGAGCUCAAGCAGCAACAGAUGGGCCUCAGUGGGAUGUCGUUCCCGACGGCGGCGGCGCCCGCGCCCGCCUUCCCAGGCUACCCUCCGCUCCCGACUGCAGCGGCGAUGGACCCGUGGGCGGCGCCCGCGCCGGCGGCGGCGCCGCGCUCGCAGUCGCCGUGGUCGCCGCCCAACAACAGGCACACGCCCAACCCCUUCCUCUCCUAGCCGCCCACAGGUCGGUAGCAAUGAACGCGCCCGCGCUAUGGCCGCGCCUCCCUGGCCCCGCCGCCUCGCCGCUGACGUCCCGCCCGCCGCCGCCGCGUGCGCCCGCAGCACGUCCACGUCGACCUCAGGCCCGUGCCUGAUCCUGAUCGACGGUUCCCUGUUCCGUUUCGGUAAACAGUUACUAUUUUAUUCAUAAACUUAAAGCCUCAAUUAGUUAUUAAGGUGGUUCGAUUUUCAUACAAAAAACAAUCGCUAUUUAUUAAUUAAUUACACAAUAUUAUUACAUAAAUAGUUGCGCAUCUAUCUACUUUCGAAUAUUCAUUUGCGCUAAAUUAAUAGAAAAACUUUGUUUCAUACAGAAAUCAUGCAAUAAUCAACGUUAUAUUUUUAUAAAUUUUACUCAUGUGUGUGUGACAAAUGUCGUGUACAAAUACAUUGCGGCGUUGCCACUCCAUGCCUCGAACGGCCAUCGGCGCGACGUUGCGAUGUUUGACGCGUUUUUAGCUGACUCUGUCGACACUGACACUCAGUGUGACCAGGCGUACGACAAUUGUCGUACAUGUACGAUAAUUUGGGCCCCGGUAUGACGUAAUGUUCCAAAGAGCAUUAUCGUACACUAAAGUACUAUAAUUUCAGCCCUUGGAUGAUGCCACCUUAAAAGUCUAGUAAUUUGAAGCAAAAUAUGACACUUUCUCUUAGAAAUAGGCUAAAAUUACUAUCUUUUGGGUGUUCGGCUCCUUGGUGUAAGUUUAAAGUUUAAAAUGUCACAAUUUCCUGUAUACCGUUUGAGUCUAUCCCAAAAAUACACAAACAUAAACAGAUUUUUUGCGCAAUUUAGACGAAAAUUGUCUUUUUUUAUUAUUAAUUGGAAAUUUAAGCUUAUUUUGCUAGACAUUUUUAGGGGCUGCCUUUUUGAUUGGCGUACGAUAUUUCUUUCAACGGUAGGUACAAUAAUAUUGACACUCAAGUACGAUAAUUCUCUUCCGCUCACCUGGCAACACUGCUGAAACUUGACAGGACCUGGGGGCUACCGCGAAAACCGAAAUUCGCAAAUUGCGGGGAUCUUUCUCUUUUACUCUCACUAAGACGUAAUUAGAGUGACAGAGAAAAAUGCCCGAAAUUGACGAAUUUCGAUUUUCCCGGUAGCCGCCCUGGUGCUUGAGGUACUUGAUAGAAAACAACGCUGCCGCAUGUUCUGAAUUGUGAUUUUAUGUGUUUUUGGAUUGAAAAUGUGCAAACUAAAGAUGUAAACUACUAAACAUAAACAUAUGUACUUACUAAUUAUUAAAGAUUUAACUAAUCUAUCAAAUAAGUCUGCAUGCUUGCUUACUGCUAAUAUAUUAUAUGUAUAGUUAAUUGUUGUCUUAUAAGUGAAAUUUUGUAAUUUCUUCAGACAAUAAAUACUCUUUAAACCGAAAAUGAUAGCAACGUCUAAAUCAAGUUACAAAAAUCAUCGAUAUUCUGGUCCGCGAAAAACCAGGAAAAGUGUAACUGUAAUUGGAGUCUACAAAAAUGACCUAGAAACUAGUUCACUUUUAUAAAACUCAAUUUUGCCCGAGAUUGUACUUAGGCGAAUACCUAAGGGAGCUAAGUGUAUUGAUCUUGAAUAAUUAGUUGGCUAAUACAUAUAUGACUCCAACAUGAUAUGGACAUUUACAUCAUAACUAUUAUACCUAGUUGGUUACUAAGUUCUGUUACUCGAUUUCUUUCUUUCUUCCUAGCGUUGUCCCAGCAUAUUGCCACGGAUCAAUGGAGCUUGGGGUCCGCUUUGACAACUAAUCCCAAGAUUUGGCGUAGGCACUAGUUUUUACGAAAGCCACUGCCAUCUGACCUUCCAACCCAGAGGGUAAAACUAAGCCUUGUUGGGAUUAGUCCAGUUUCCUCACGAUGUUUUCCUUCACCGAAAAGCGACUGGUAAAUAUCAAAUGAUAUCUGUUCUGAAGUUCUGUUACUCGAUUUGCAACCUCUUUAUUUCCGUUAAAACAAAUGCUACCGAAACAAUAAAAAAUGACAUAAUGUGGUGGAUUUGUGAGCUAUAAUUAUAUACCGCACAUAACGCUUAUCUCGUCGUAUCUAUAAUGAAUUGGGGCCUAAAAGAGAAUCGUAUUCCAAUUUUUUGAAACGCUUGUAUUAAAUAAUAAUAAAUAAAUAAAUAUUUAUAGGACAUUAUUACACAAAUUGACUAAGUCCCACAGUAAGCUCAAUAAGGCUUGUGUUGAGGGUACUUAGACAACGAUAUAUAUAAUAUAUAAAUAUUUAUAAAUACUUAAAUACAUAGAAAACACCCAUGACUCAGGAACAAAUAUUCAUGCUCAUCACACGAACAAAUGCCCUUACCAGGAUUUGAACCCGGGACCAUCAGCUUCGUAGGCAGGGUCACUACCCACUAGGCCAAACCGGUCGUCAAAUUAUUAUUACUUUCUAUAUUAACUAAAAGUUGCCUUAAAAUUCAGCUUUUAUACUAAAAACGGCUUUAAAUAUGAUAAAUUAACAAAAUAUAUUUUGACAGAUGCUUUCGCGCCCAAAACGCUCUUUGAAAAGUGUGUGACGUCACAGUUUAUGGUUUGACACAUAACUACAUACACACGUAGAAGAUACGAACUGUCAACUGAUAUUUGUCAUUUGUUGUUAAUCGCCUAACUGUCAACAGUGUCAAUCCGAGAGUUGUGACGUCAUCAGAAUCUUCAAUGACGUUUCGAGUUUGGUCACGUGACGUGUGCCAAAAGAUAUUUUAAAUUCAAUAUUUACAAAAAUAUGGUCAUUACAGGUCCCCUAAAAGUAGUUUAACAUGUUCUUAUAAUCCAAAAGAAUUUAUUGGGAUACAAUUAUGCCCUAAGAUUUGUAGAUGGAAACAACCCUAUUGCGUUGCACAAAUGUGGGUACCCGCCAAACAUGAAUUUGGGUGUGUCAUACUCAGGGCUAACACAGAUUCAUUUCUGUGAAAAAGGUGUGAAAACCGGAAACUGGAAACCGUUCUCGAACCAAUAGUGAAGCCCUUAAGCCACACCCUAUUUCAAAACCAGCCAUGGAUCUUUGAACAGGACUCAGCUCCUGCACAUAAGGCAAAAACAACUCAAGCCUGGUUUCGAAGGAACAAAAUUGACUUUAUUGCCCACGAAGACUGGCCGUCCUCCAGCCCGGACCUUAACCCCCUGGAUUAUGCCAUAUAGCAGGUUAUUGAGGAGAAAGCCUUUGCUAAACCCCACACAAAUCUUAACUCCCUCAAGCGGGCCAUAGUUAAGACAGUGACGGAAUUAGACAUGACAAUCGUGCGUGCCGCUAUUGAUGACUGGCCUCGUCGUUUGAGGGCCUGUGUCAAAGCCAGAGGAGGCGAUUUUGAAUGAUAUUGUCAUAUGUAAUUCCUGAUUGUGUGUACUUCAUUUUAAUAUAUACUUUUUUAAACUUUCGUUGGUAUAUUUUAUGUAGAUAAAGAUUAUUGCAGUAACAGAAUUUAAUAACCAACUAGGUAGAAAACAAUGCAAUACAUAAAUUGGAUAUGAUGUGAUCCGUUGAAUGAAAUUGACAAUAAAUAAAAUAAAUAAAUAAUUUUCUGUCUCUAGGCAUUGUGUGAAACUUCUAGUUGUGUCAAAAUAUCGGGAAAUCAAUAAUAUAAACAAACAUGGUAAAUAAAUAUCUCAUUUCUUUUUAUAAUGGUUAUAAAUAGAAGGCCAUGCAAUUUUGUAACUCACUGUAAUUUAAUUAAAGUUAUAGUAAAAAAUAGUACCUACUUUUUUAAAGGCUGGGCAGUAAGGGAUUGCUUUAAUUUUAGAACAAAACAGCGUUUUUUUUUUAAAAUCGGACUUACAAAUUUGGACUUUCUUAGGUUCAUUCUACUUAGAAUCUUCUCAACCCUAGCAUUAAAAAAAGAUAUCCUAAAAUAUCCAUACCAUUUCGUAACAUUUUAGUGUGAAAGAAAUUUCAAUGUAAAACUAAAAUUUCAAUACAAAUUUUCGGGUUUUUUUAGCACGAGGAUUGAUUAUGCUAGUGAUUCUAAGUUGGAAGAACAAAAAAUAUCAUGAUGUGUGAGAAUCAGAUUUUUAAUAUUUUUAUGGAAAACGCUCAUAUUUCUCAUAAAAUAAUUUAUUAAUAAUAGGUACUUGAUAAUACUGAUAACAAAAAUAAUUUUAAUGAGUCUCGAACCCACAUCCUCUUGCAUGUGUUUCCACGUACAUACCGCAACGCUAUUGAAGCCUACUCACGCUGUGCCAAAUUGUCUACUACAAGGAUCCCAGUACGACUGUUUGAAUGUGUGAGUGAUACUUAGAAAUAGAGUCAAGAAACAUUCUGUCGACAUUAAGGGGUAGUUUUUGUACAAUGAAGUGUUCAAUGUUUGUUUUAAUAGUUCAAUAUCUAUUUAAAGAGUGCGCUAAACAUAAUUUACAGUAUAGAAAUACCAAGACUACUCCACAAAAAAAUUAAAACUCAAAAUUUGCAAUUGUGGCACCAUCUAGUGAGGUUUAAGCUUUGGGUAACCUAGUCGAACCACCUUAAUCGUUUUUAAUUUGUCAUUUUGACUUAUUUGUAAGAAAGGGAUAAAACAUAAAUUAACUAAUUGAGGUUUGCAAUUUUUUAUGAACAACGGGGUUAUUGAAUGUAGAAGGGGAGUGGACUAAAAAAAAAAAAACGUGCCCCGCGUUUGACACCUCAAACUCCUAAGCAUUAUUUAAAAAGUGGUUUAUUCACUAGUUUGAAUAAGCGAAUCUUGCUUAUUAUUUGCUAUAACGACUAUUACAAAAGUAAGGACGCUGAGCACGAAGAAUUUCAUACAUUGAACCGUAUGCAUACGCACCGCACGCGCGUAAUUAUAUUGCUGAUGAUGCUGGUGGUCAAUGCCACUGUGCGAACGGGAAAGCGAUAUAAAUAUGCGCGUGCGAUAGAGAUAGAAAAUGGCGGAUCAAUAUAUGAAAUUCUUCGUGCUUAAGAGUCCUUACUUUAUUCAAGUAUUCAUUAUUCGUAAUACGUAAUGCAACACAAUCAUUAUCACAAAAUAGAGAAUCUUUACAUCCCUUGUAAAGAUUUUUCGGACAGUUAUUUUUUUUUAUAGAUCUUUUUAAUGUUGAAUAUAUCUCGGCGGGUUGUGACACGGAGCCAUGGUCUGUAGGCAGAUAUUUAGUUCUAAUUUCUUCACUUAACACUUGAACAAUUACUAAAUAUAGUAACGACUCCGACACAUUGAACUAUACUCCGACCACGGGCUCUGGUGAUCGGCAUAAUAAAAAUAAAUCAAUAAAAUCACAAGUAUGUCGUUAAUACAUAUUGACAACAGUAACAACACGCCAAAAUUGACUGAUGAUGACUAGUGGUACAGUCAAGUGUAAAAAUAUGGGUGCACACAAGUUGCUCAAAAAUAUGUCCCAUAGCUUUUAAGCCGACGAAUUACGAGCUGUGGGACAUAUUUUUAAGUAAGUUGCGUGGACCCAUAUUUUUACACUUGACAGUACAGUAAGCAUCAAAUAGAUAAUGACAUCCAAAGUGCUAUUUCUAUGCUAAACGAAGCGUGUUACGAUACAUUUCUGUGCCACUACUUCAUCAUUAGUACUAUUCCCUGUGUUAAUUUUAAGUAGUGAAAAAAUUAUAUCUAAAUAAGUAGUAAUUGGAUCAAAUGAGGGCUAACGUUUAAUUACACCGCUAGGGGCGCUAGUGUGGAGGUCUUUCAAAAUGUCAAAUGCAUAGUAUUUUUGGGGGUUACACGCUUUUUUAUCGCGAAUUUUCACUCUUUUUUUCAUAAAUGUGGUAAAUCAAUUUUUUUUUUCUAUUUUUGAUUAUUCAUGGUAAACAUUAGAUAUAGUUCAAUACAUGUUAGUGGUUUUAAAAAAGUGCCAACUAAAAUAUAUGCAAAAUGAUACAGGUUUGAAAAACGGCAUAUUUGGACGUUAAAAUACUUAUGUAUAUUGAAACGUAUUAUUUUUUUUUUUAAAUAAGCAUAGAAGAAUUUUGAGAGCUGUUUACAGUGGCGCCAAUUGAGCACAAAAACGGAAGCCCUCACUGACACGUUAACCUAUGCAGUUCACCAGAGUUAAUGUACAGUCUUCUAGUAUUUCUUCGUCUAAUAAAUGUCUUGUCAUUAGCACUAUUUAAAUUAUGUAUAUCAAUUAUGUUUAAAUCUUUUUUCGCGUAUGGUGAGUGGGGAACAUGUCAAUACAGCCAAUGGGAUGGUGUAGGAUAUAUAAUGGAGACCAAGGAAAAACUACCAUAAUGUAUUUUAUAUUUACUGCUAAAUAUAUCGUAUUCUAGAUGGAUAAUUUGAUAUCAGAAAUUUUGUAAAUAAAAUAGAAAAUUAUGGUGUUUUUCGUUGAUUCCAAUUUAAAGGUAAAUAAAUUACACUGUAUGCGGUAUACAUAUGUAAAUGAAGUUUUUUAUAUAGACUGGAUAAAGCUGUGACGUAGGGUUCUAACUGUAUGACAUUUUUGGAGGUAAAUAAUAAAGAAAAAUUAUAUCAUAUGAAAACAAACUUAUGUUGAAGCUUGUUUCAAAUUGAUUAAUAUUACGAAUCAUCAACAAAUCAUGGUGGAGUUGAGUCAAAAUCUUACGGGUGGCGAGAAUAAAAUAUAUGACCAACUUCGGCUAUUGAAUCUUUUUGAAAUGAACUUUAAACAUAACAUAGAUUGUAGUUUUAAAAUAAAAUUAAACUUUUGUAAUUAUUAAAUUAGUAUUUGAAAAUAAUUGGUUAUAACAGGCUUGAGGUCGCGUCGGUUUGUUUCAGUCCUUUAGCCUGGUCCGGCGGCCAUCCUCACAUUACGCUACAAAAAAACAAUAUAUUAUUAGACAUCCUGUAAACAUUUUCUCAUAAUACUAUAGUUACCACUAUGCAAGACUCGAGAAAAGGUGUAAAACUGCAAUUUCUUGACUAAAAUAACGUUAUGGCAUUGAUUGGCUUAUUGUGAGGACGGCCUUAAAUCGGUUGUAAAACUAACUUAAGGUUCUAUAGGGCUAUUGCAGUACACAGCAGUUUGAGAACCUCUAUCAUACACGCAUUUGCAUUACUAGACCAUCCUUUUACCCUUGGGUAUGGACUGCAUUUAUAUUAUGUAUUUUAUAAAGAACAUUUGUAAAAAAAUACUAAACUGUUAAGGCGAAGGAUAUAUAUAUUAGUCAAUAUGCAUUACCUUCUCAGUAUUAGAUGGCAGCAGUUACCGUCUAUCGUAUUGCUCAAGUUAAAUGUAAAUUAAAAGUGUUUGUUAAUUAAUAAUAGCUAUUAAUUGGUGAAUUUGUUAUAGGUUACCACGUAGAUAUGCUUUUUAGUAACCAAUUCAUAUUCUUUUACGUUAAGAUUAAUAGUUUGAAAACUUUGUUUAACAAUUUUUUUAAAACAAAGGCAAAUAAAUAUUCAAAUAUUGUAACAGAAACAGAUUCAUGAAGCCUCUCAAGGUCUCACUUGGCAAAAUACUUUGUUCAUUUCAUUAUUUAGCUCUUAUGUGUUCAUAACAUUGAUUAUUUCCGUAUUAUAAUAACUCAUUUAACACAUAAAUUCUUUCACACACUUGUGUACGUAUUAUUGCAUGAAUUCGUUAAUAAGCUGCUACGUACUGCGGUAGCUCAGCGAAUACGUCCACGCAGGCGUACGAUGUAAGGUCUCAUGUUGUUUGACGUGCCUUAGACUCCAUAACAUUGUGUAUCGUAGAGGACAUUUCUUGAUUCUUUGCAACUGCAAGUAGUUAUAUACUGCAUAAUUAUUUUCCAUCGUAUUUUCACCGAAAUGUACGAACGUGUGUUACUAUUUCAGCCAGUCUCGGUACUAAAAGUACUGAGGUCGACUAAAGUAGCAUGAGUAGCAUGACAAAUACGAACGUUUUCGAGAAAAUACGAUUGAAACCAAUAAUAGACGGCCCUGGUGGCUCGCGGUUGCUAUGUACCCGUGUACAAUGAUAAACAAUACUUUAUAUAUACCCCCUUAUUCUACGGAUUAUUACCCUAUUAUGAAGUAAUCAUAACGUCCUAUUUUUAGGAUAUAUGGGGUUGUGUAAAGUUUUAUUAGCAGUCGAGAAAAACAAGAAAUUGUCAGCGAAACAUGUCAAUAUUAAAUUUAAAGUUAAGUUAGAACGACCAGUGACAUCUCAAAUCCUGUGGACAUGCCCGAGGUUUUCCUAUAAUUAUCCAAAAAUUCAAUCAUCACAAAAAACGUGCUUAUAGUACGAUUUACUAGUACAGUCACGUCUGAAAAUAACGAUACGAAAAAUGUGCCAAAAAUGCGUAUACACUAAGAUAUGAGCAAUAAAGUCGUGUAUACAUAUUUUUGGCACUUUUUUCGUAUCGAUAUUUUCAGACGUAACCAUACUACAAGCUAAGUCCCAAAUACUAAACUCUGAAAGCUAGGGUAAUCGAUUAUUUUAUUGAUUACGAACGAAUGUGAGUUUUGGUUUAACAAAGCAGUUACACUUAUUAUGAAACAAAGUUGAUUCAUGAACAUUUAUCGUCUUUCUUUUUGUAGAUCUUUUAAUCAAAUUAAUACUAUACUUAUUCCCAAUGAGUGCGUAAAUUGCCCUACUCCCUAGCUUUUAGAUGGCAAGAGAGGCAGGUCCACAGGAAUAAGCUUCUACGUCCAGUUCAAGGAUCCUGUCUUGUAUUGUCUGAUACCAUUUAAUUUUUUCGUUACCAUUUAAACAUUGGCAGAAGCUAAUGCUGAUUACAAAAUAAAAACUAUAAUAACAAAAAUAUUUCGAGUACUGUAUCCGAGAAUAUACACAAGAUCCUUAAGCUAGGUCAACCCUUGUCGAGUUCCGUACAAAUUAUUCCAAUUUAUAAUGUGUAUUUAUUUUACCACCCUCAUUUAUUAGUAUUGAUCAUGUAAAUUGUAUACAGUUUGUACGACUGUGUUGCCAGUAGAGUAUCAUCGCAUCCGCAUUUAAAGGAUAUUAACACCAGUAAGCAAUAUUUUUACACGACUUUUGACACGCUUGACUUGGCCUCGCUUCCACUGGCAACACGGAUUUUUUUCGCCUUAUUAACUUAGAACAUGUUCAAAUGAUUAUUGAUUUAUGAUUAUGUUUACCGAUUAUGUAGAUAAAUUAUUUUUUAAUAUAUUAAUUUUUGACCAAUAAAAUGCAUCGAUGCGUCACUAGCCUAGGGAGAAACUGUAAAGAUUAAUGUAACUAUUUAAUUAAAAUAUAUAAGUUUUUCAA